CCAAGAUGGCGCUCGAAGUGGAGUCAGCAGAUGUUAUCAGGCUUAUUCAACAAUUCUUGAAAGAAAACAGCUUACAGAGAACUCUUGCAACAUUACAGGAAGAGACAGGCGUCACGUUGAACACAGUAGACAGUGUCGAGAGCUUUAUUACUGAAAUUAAUAGCGGGCACUGGGAUACAGUACUGACAGCAAUACAGUCACUGAAGUUACCCGACAAGACCUUAAUUGAUCUUUAUGAACAGAUAGUACUUGAGUUAAUAGAGCUCCGAGAGCUUGGAGCAGCUCGUUCACUCCUUCGACAGACAGAUCCGAUGAUAAUGCUGAAGGCACAACAGGCUGAUCGAUAUUUACAUCUUGAAAACAUGUUGGCGAAGUCAUACUUUGACAGUAGAGAGGCUUAUCCUGAAGGUGGCAGUAAAGAAAAGCGAAGAGCAGCAAUAGCACAAGCUCUUUCAGGUGAAGUGUCUGUCGUUCCACCUUCACGUCUAAUGGCACUGUUAGGCCAGGCUUUGAAGUGGCAGCAAUACCAAGGCUUGCUUCCCCCUGGAACGACGAUUGACUUGUUUCGAGGGAAAGCUGCCGUAAGAGAUGAGGAAGAAGAAAAAUAUCCUACACAGUUGAACAAAAUUAUCAAGUUUGGAAGCAAGUCUCAUCCAGAGUGCGCAAAAUUCUCCCCCGAUGGACAGUACCUAGUGACCGGCAGUGUUGAUGGAUUCAUUGAAGUAUGGAACUUUACGACAGGGAAGAUUAGAAAAGAUCUAAAAUACCAAGCACAGGAGAACUUCAUGUUAAUGGAACAAAGUGUACUGUGUUUGUGUUUUAGUAGAGAUAGCGAGAUGUUGGCAACAGGGGGACAAGACGGCAAAAUCAAGGUCUGGAAGUUGCAGACGGGUCAAUGUCUGAGAAGAUUCGAGAGAGCUCACGCCAAGGGUGUAACAUGUGUGAUGUUCUCUCGUGAUGCAAGUCAGCUGUUGAGUGGCUCAUUUGACAUGACAAUAAGGAUGCAUGGACUCAAAUCUGGGAAGACACUAAAGGAGUUCAGAAGCCAUACAUCGUUUGUUAAUGAUGUCAUCUUCACGUCUGAUGCUCACAAUAUUAUAAGCGCAAGCAGUGAUGGAACUGUCAAGAUCUGGAACAUCAAAUCCACUGAGUGUUUGCACACAUUCAAGCCAUCAGUAGGCAGCACCACAACAGACAUCACAGUCAAYUCAGUCACACUUUUCCCCAAGAAUGUGGAGCAGUUUGUUGUGUGUAAUCGUUCAAAUACUGUGGUGAUCAUGAACAUGCAAGGGCAGAUCGUUCGUAGUUUCACAAGUGGUAAGCGUGAAGGUGGUGAUUUUGUUAGCUGUAUUCUAUCACCUCGUGGAGAGUGGAUGUACUGUGUAGGGGAAGACAUGGUCUUGUAUUGCUUCAGCACAACCACAGGAAAACUAGAACAAUCCGUACAGGUUCACGAGAAGGAUGUCAUAGGAAUAGCUCACCAUCCACAUCAGAAUUUACUCGCUACGUACAGUGAAGACGGGCAGCUAAAACUGUGGAAACCAUAGAAACUAUCCACUACCUUUUUACCAACGUCUAUCGGUAUCCAUGUUGGAAAGAAUCCUGAGAUAGAGCUGUAUUUUCUAGAGGUUUCUAGGACUUUCAAGAAGGGCGUGAAGAGAAAUCCAAUCGUGAUGUACAUAUGAUCCAGACUUCUGGUCAGAAAUAGUAACAAACACUCAAUCCUGUUGCGUAGCUAUGGAAACAGUUUAGAAAAGUAAACAAGCCUCCUAUCUAAAAAACCUCAAGGUUAUAUCUUGAACUAGGUAUCCAUGGUAACUGAUAUGAAAUGUAACCUGGCCUCACAUGGAGCCAUAUUGAAGGUAACCGCGCCUUCUGCAGGCUUCCCGCCAUCUUGGAAACAAACAAUUUUCAUCAUAAUAACUGUUUUUUUAGCCUUCUAUUUGACUCAAAUUUUAUUUUCUCUUAAAAGAAACUGACUGUAUUAUUUAGUGUAUCUUAUUUUAAUAAACUAUUAGUGCUUGUGAA